UUGUUUAGAGUUCAGAGUGAGCUCGCGAUGGCAGCGCGCUCGGAGUCGCGCGGAGGAGGAGAAGGAGGCGGAAAAGGAUGCGGAGGAGGAGGCAGAGCAGUGUGUGUGAAGCUGCUGUGUGUGUGGAGUGUGUGCUCUGCUCUGAGUGUGGCCUACCUGCUGUACCUGCCGCUGCCCUCCGCGCUCUCGGAGCCCCUCAAACUCAUGGUGGUCGCAGCUACCUUCAGGGGGGUCACUCAGGCGGGUGAUAUCGGUCAGUCUCUGGGUUUGGUCCAUCAUAUCCGGCUGAUAAACACCGUAGUGACCGGGUUUGAGAGUUUGGUUCCUCUGGACUAUGAGCACAUUCAGACGGAGGACACAGAGUUCAGUGGGGUUCAGGUACGCGUUUAUCAGCCCAGUGUAAACACACAGGACGGCCUGAGGGGGGCAGUAGUGUUCUUCCAUGGAGGAGGGUGGUCACUCGGGGCUCCAAAGCUGGGCUCGUACGACCUGCUGUGCAAGAAGAUGGCGUCUGAGCUGAAGGCAGUGGUGGUGACGGUGGAUUACCGGAUGGCUCCGGAUGCGCGUUUCCCGGUGCAGUUUGAGGACUGUCUGAAGGCCUCCAGGUUCUUCCUGCAGCCGAAGGUUCUGCAGCUGUACUCUGUGGAUCCUCAGCGCGUGGCCGUGUGUGGAGACAGCGCGGGGGGGAACCUCGCAGCUGCAGUCGCCCAGCAGAUCGGCCGAGACAACAGCACUGCUGGAAAGUUCAAGCUCCAGGUUUUGAUCUACCCCGUGCUCCAGGCUCUGGACUUCAACACGGCUUCGUACCAGCAGAACCAGAAGAUUCCCAUCCUGUACCGCGAGCUGAUGGCUCACUACUGGCUGGAGUACCUGGGCGCAGAUCCUGAGCUCAUUCAUUCGCUUCUGCUGAACAACCACACGGCGCGCGACCAGAAGCUCGCCGACCCGCACCGAGCCAAACUCGACUGGACCAGAGUUCUGCCCAGAGAUGUGACGAAACACUACAAGCCUGUGAUUCCAGCCACCGGUUCUCCAGGGAUCUUACAGAAGGUUCCGGCCCUGCUGGACGUCCGAGCGGCUCCCCUGCUGGCCGAUCUGGAGGCGCUGAGGUCAGCCCCUCGCGCCUACAUCAUGACCGGCGAGCACGAUGUGCUGAGGGACGACGGGCUGAUGUACGUCCGCAGGCUGCAGCAGGCCGGCGUCUCCGUCACCAACCGGCACUACGAAGACGGUUUCCACGGCUGCGUUAGCUUCGCCUUCUGGCCUUCGUACUUCGCCGUCGGCAUCCGGGUGGUGGACGACUACAUCGCCUGGCUUCGGGAUCAUCUUUAGUUACUCGUUUUAUCCUCCCUGGAGUAUCUCUGCACUGUAAAUCACUGCUGUCGGAUCAGCAUCUCGUAACUCCACGUCAAAACAUGAUGAACGGACCAAUAGAAAUGAUCCUGAUCUACUGAGAAUAAAACCGCAUUUCAUUAACAGACGAUAAAACCUAAAAGCGUUUUUAAUGCUCUUAUAAAGUUAAGCUACUUUUUUACUCUUUGCUGCUCUAGAACACCUGAACCAAUCAGCUUAGCAGCUAAUUAACCUCUCCAGGCUCCACCCACGAAAACCCACUCAACCUAAAGUAGAAAUCUUCUACAGUUAAAUCAUGAAAAAACUGAAUUACUGAUUGUUGAUACAGAAACUCAGAGAAAAAUGAUUUUUGAGAAACUUCUUCUUUAGCUUCAUCUACCAAACCUGAGGUACGAAACCUGGGUGUGAUCUUAGACUCUGAGCUCUGUUUUACCUGCAUGUAAACACAGUCACUAAAGCAGCUUUUUACCGUUUCAGAAAUAUCGCUAAAGUUCAGCCUUUUCUCUCUCAGAGCGACGCAGAGAAACUUGUUUAUGCAUUUGUUCCAGCAGAGUUGAUCACUGUAAUGAUCUUCUUACUGGACCUCCUAAGAAAACUACACAUCCCUUACAACUCGGACAAAACGCAGCAGCAUCCUAACAAAAACAACACAGAGAUCAGAUCAGUCCCAUUUUGAAAGAGCUGCACUGGCUGCCUGGAUCAUUCAGGAUAGAUUUCAAGGUUCUGCUACCAGUCUUUAAAGCUCAAAACAACCUAGCACCUACUUACAUCACAGAGUGUCUGUGUUUAUGUUCCAGCACGUAAUCUAAGAUCUGCAGAUAGUGGCCUUCUACAGACACCCUCUGUAAAAUACAGAAAACAUGGAGAGACUCUUUCAGUUAUUCUGCUUCUAAACUGUGGAGCUCAGUUCACCUUUUAUUAGACAGUCGAGCUCAGAGCUCACUUUUAAGAAGCAUCUAAAACGUCUCUCUUUAACUCAGCAUUUAACUAAAACUGAAUGUCUCGUGGUUUUUAUCUUGUAGUUUAAUCUUCAUUUUCUUCUGAUUCUAAUAAAGUUCUAAUGAUCUCUUCUAUAACUGUUUUAUCACCUGCCUGUAAAGCACUUUGAGCUGCCACCGGCAUGAAAAGUGCUACAUACAUAAAAAUAUUGAAUUAUUAUUAUUAUUAAUGGUUUAGCAUUGCUAGCUAGCUAAGUUAGCAUCAUAGUCAACACCACCAGCCACUGUAGCAUGACGGACGUUACGUAUCUGAUUUGUAAACAUUGCUGUUUAGCUACGUUUAGCUUAAGUGUAGCUUACACUGUUGGCUGCAACUUGGCCAAAGUUACUCUAAGGGAUUCGCUAGCGUUGCUAUCUAGCUAAGUUAGCGCAGUAGCCUACACUGCUAACUGCUGUAGCACAGCUGAUGCAACCCUAGUUGCUAGUUAGCUAAGUUAGCAUUUCAGCCUCCAGCAUUACUGUAGCACGGCUGAUCCAAGUCUGAGGGACUUGGUAACAUUUCUAAUUAGCAGUGUUACAAAUUUGAUUACAUUUGAAUAGAGAUCCAGAAAUAGUGCAGAAUCUUAAUAUUUCUACUUUUUACUUCUCAAAAUUUUUGAUUCAAAUGUUUUACAUUAUUUCCAGAUGUAAAAAAAAAUCUCAGAAUUUCAGUCUGGUCUCAGAAUUUUGGAUCCCACUGUAUUAUGAUUUUUGUGAUUUUUGCCAAUGUACAGUAUCUAUAGUAAAACAUGUAGGUGGGCGGAGCCUGGAGAGGGCGUGUUGAUUCAGAUAGAGCACUGAACUGUGAUGCAGAGGGAUUCAGAAACACUGCCUUUGUAUUUUACAUUGUAGAAGAAGCAGAGCCCUGUUACGUCAGCAGGAGACUGCAGAUCUUAACAAAGUGUUUGAAAUGUAUUAAACUGAGUUUUUUGUAGUCACAGUGAUCAUAGAGUAUUAUUCAGACAGUGUCCUCUUGAGCUAAAUACUCAAUAAUUACUCACAUAUUUGUUUGAAAAACACUGAUAAUUAUUCUUUUAUUACACUCUGAGACUCACAGCACUUAUAGAAUGAGCACUUUAGAAAUUCUGUGUGGUUGAACAGACAGACUGUCUCACUGAAGAGCAGCACAAAUUACAGUGAUUUUACGUUGUUGUUGUUGUUGUUGUUGUUGUUGUUGUUACUUAUUGAAAUGUGCUGUUCCAUUAAGUAAUCCAGGUGUUCUGAGUGUUUGAUGUUAAAGCUGUAAUGAGUAAAACGCCUUAAUCAGACUUAAAGUGCAGCCUUUACGGUAUUUAAUAUUAAAGGGUUCGAAUCAUGAAGAAACAGAUUUUUAUGAAGUAUUAAAACGUUCCAUUCAUUCCCCAUUAAAUAGUCUGUAUUUGGAAACUAGAAUACAAAAAUAUCACAUUUUGAAUAAACUGUUGUUGUGAUGUCAUGAAAACCAAUGCAAUUUCAUACAUAAUCUCAGGAUUGCAGUUAAGCCCCGCCCACCCAGCCUACAUCUGUUAAGCCCCGCCCACCCAUCCUACAGCAGUUUAGCCCCACCCAUUCACAGUUUCAGCCUGGACUCCUUGUUAAAUGAGGCACAAUACAGAACAGCCAAUCAGAACAGCUCAUUUACAUGCAUCACUCUUAAAGGCACAGUAACAGCCUGUUUGACUGUAAGUACUAAAGAGAGGCUGGAAAAAAAUCAUAUAGAAAUGAAUUACGACUUUUUGUACAUAAAACUACGUCUGAUUUCCUGUAGAAAGCGGUUGAUAGAACUCAUUUCUGUGCUUGGUGCUGUUUUCUCUGUGGGGUUUAUGGGCUGUGAUGAAUGUAGCAUUUUCAGAUUGGUGUUCAGAUCAGUUUGUGUUCCAUAGACCAUCAUUAUAGUGAAUCGUUAUAUAUAAGUGCUGUUUGUGAUGAUGAGUCUUCAGUUUCUACUCUGCAUUAUUUCUCUGUGAACAAGUUUCCUUAUGAAAUAUCACUGUUAAAUGAAAUAAAGGUAUAAACCGUGUAGAAACUGGA